AUGGGUGUCACUUCCCAACGUACUAUCACCAAGACGAGGCGCAAGACCAGGGACGUCGAUCAAAUCAAGUCCGACCUGCUCUCCCCCAAGCACCUCUCUCAGUGGAAGGACACCAAGGCCAUCGAAGACCUCCCCGACCUCGGCCGCAACUACUGCAUCGAAUGCGCCAAAUGGUUUGAUACGGAGCCGACACUGGUAGCGCAUCGCCGAGGGAAACCCCACAAGCGAAGACUCAAGCAGCUCGCCGAGGUGCCAUAUACUCAGAAAGAGGCCGAAGCUGCCGCCGGCCUGGGACCGUACGUUAACGUCAAGCAAAAUCCUAAAACCGGAACGGAGGACGAUAUCGACAUGGCAACAUGA